AUGGUGUUGCAGGCAGGCACAGCGGAAUCUAGGAUUGAAGUCCGCGGAGUUCCACGAAUCUACGGAGACCAUGCGCUCGCUCCGACCGCACACCGUUCGGCUAGUCGACAAGCUGCUCGUUCUUCGCCCGCUCGCUCGCGCUCAACUCCACAAGGCUCCGGACAGAUCACUAACUUUACACAGGCUCAGAGGACCCCUGCCCUUGCCCGCCAGUUCUCGGCUUCGGCUCAGCGCGGCGACCUGGUUAAGGACAUGUACCUUAACCAGCUCAAGAACUACAAGGCCCCUGCCACCUCCAAGGCCGACGCCGAGCAGCACGUCCGCAAGUUCACCGCCCCUGAGCCCCCCAAGGCCCCCGAGCUCCCCUCUGACCUCGCCGCCGACAUGUCGGCGUUCGACGCCCAGAACCCCACCAUUGGCGGCCCCAAGAAGGCUGUCAAGGCCGAGAAGACUGAGUCUGACGGCAUGACGGCUGACCAGUACCUCAAGUUCCUCGAGCAGCCCCUCCCCAAGGAGGAGAAGCACCACUAA